AUGGAAGGGCCUCUUACCAUAAACGACAUACCGCCUGAACUCCUCAUAGAGGUGUUUCAGCACCUCGCAGAACUCGAGCCGCUGGGAAUCCUCGAUUACCCCAACGACGACGUUGCUACCACCCUCGGUUAUUCGGAUCUCCGCGACUCCAGUAAGAUGAUCGUGGAUGCCGGACGCUCCGAAGAUGGAAUAGACCGUGACUAUCACUAUCACGAUUACUACGAGGGCUCCAUGUCCGCGUCUCCCACGUACUCGCUUGCUUGGACGCGCGCUACGCACGUAUGCGGCAGGUGGCGCAGCGUUGCGCUUUCAUCCCCCUCGUUAUGGACGGCCAUCCCCUUCAAUCUUCCCCGUGAUUGGCUGCUGGAGGUCAUUCGCAGAGCCCAGCAGGCACCUCUGGAUAUUUACAUCCCCGAAGCGUCAUGGUACCGCGAACUGAUGGUCCUUCUCUGCGAGCUAGGCGAUCGGCAUCGUUUCCGUCGCAUAGCUUGCGAGAACGCAAAUGCAAUGACGUUCAACAUGCUGGGGCCCAGACUACUGAAAGGACGCGAGUUCGAUACAGAUCUUGAAGAACUGGAUGUUGUCACCACGUCGUUCCCUGCCGCGGAUAUCAACGCCUUUCGUUCCAUGCGCAAGCUGAGCGUCACGUUCAAAUUAUGCGAACCCGAUUUUGGCGCGUUCGAUCAGAAUGCGGCGACCCUUAUCCCUCCCUCGCUCACCGAGUUGAGACUCGCGGUCACAUCUCUUGUAGACCCCCAAGAUUACACUCUAUCGAGCCACUGGAUCGGAACUCUCCCCAAUCUGGUCGUGCUCGACCUGGACCACCUCCGGUUUGAGUUUCCGAUCGGACAGGAUGAGAUCUUUCUCCCGCGUCUACGCGAGCUGCGGAUCGCCGAGGCCCGCGAGUCCUGCGGUUACUUCGUGCGGUUCGCCCGGAUGCCUCAUCUGAGGAAGUAUACCAUGCAGUACAAUAAGCCGGUCUAUCCCACUACCACAAACCUUACCGGGGUGAGGGCUAUGGGCUUCGGCCGUGUUCUCGACGAUGUGGACGAAUCUAUACCCCCAUUACACACCCUAUCACUCUCACAAUUCCUUUCAUCUUUUUCCGGCCUGAUCCACGUUCACGGCUGGCGCUUCGGUCAUACCGGCAAUGACGAAGACGACUUGCGAUUCCCCAUACAAGACACGGAGACGAGAAUCUCGGAUGCGGAUAUCUCGCACAACGUGAUUUGGGACAAUGCGACGGGGGAUGAUACGACAAUGGCCAACUUCGCCACAGUACUCUUGAGUCAUCCGGCCUUGAGCUCUCUGCGAAUGCUUUCGCUCGACUUGCAUCCUAGAUUGGAUCUAGGCGACGUUCACGCCUGGACCGACCUCUUCCAGCCCAUGCGCCAGCUUCGACACCUGCGCAUAACCUCCCCACGGAGUGAUAUUGGCCUCCCCAAGCCGAUACUGGAUGCCUUGGUGGCACAUCCGUGGAUCAGCGAUGGAUUCGUUCUGCCGUUCAUGGAACGGUUGACGCUCGUCGACUGGGACCCUAAGAAAGAGCAAUCCGGCGAUGAUCUUCGCACCCUUGCUCUUCUACGCGUCAACAACACCCCACUGAAGUCCGUGCACAUUGUCAGCUGGCGCCGUUGCUUCGACGAGGACUGGCAAGAGCGCCUCGCGGAGCUGGAAGGCGUGGCGACCGUCUAUGAGCAUCUAUUCGUGCCUUUGGACCGCAUACGCGCUACGGACGAGGAAGAUUCCGGGCCGGACUACGAGUACGAGGAGUACGAGGGUUCGGAUGUAGACUUCGACGAUACGGACGAUGACGAGGAGAUGUGGCAACCUGGGGUCCCGGUCGGGAUGUGGCACGAUAUAUUUUGA